CGUCGUCCUGAAGCGGAGGCCAGAGGAGGGACAAGGGUAUGAGCAUCGGAUAGUUACAGCCAUGCCUUUCUUGGACGUGCAGAAAAGGUUCGGCAUUAACCUAGAUCAGUGGUGGACAAUCCAAAGUGCCGAACAGCCCUACAAGUUUCCUGCUCGAUGCCAUGCUUUUGAAAAAGAAUGGAUAGAAUGUGCACAUGGAAUCGGUAUGACCCGGGCAGUGAAAGAGUGCAAGAUAGAACAUGAUGAUUUCAUAGAGUGUAUACGUCGGACAAAAACAAUGAGACGUAUGGAUACCAUCUGGAGGCAACGGGAAAAACUGAUGAAGGAAGGGAAGUACACCCCUCCGCCUCACCACAUGGGCAAGGGGGAGCCUCGGCCCUGAGCAGACACAGCUACUGAUAUCUG